GUCAGGAUUUUGUCAUUUUACCAUCACGAGACACUCAUUACAAAGACAAACAGACACAAAAACUCCUUGCAUUCAAAUCAUUAAAUACAUUUCAACUAUCUGAUAAAAAUAUUUCACAAAAUGUAUAUUUUGUUUUUUAUAGUUAUAAUUUUUUGUGUGUAAUGCUCAAUUUGUAAGACAAAAUUCCUUAUGGAUAAUAAAGAUUAUUAUUAUCACUGUGCACAACUGCAGGAAAUGUCCAGUGCUUUUGGAAGAGAGGUUUUAAGUCUCUCAAACACACUAAUGAAAUUUGACGACAUCAAUGAAUGUAAAGAUAAUUUGACAUGUCCACAAGGAUGUGAAAACACUGUUGGAUCCUACAUUUGUAGCUGUAACAUUGGUUUCAGAUUGAAUACACUCAACACAAACAUUUGUGAUGAGAACAUAGAUGACUGCUCACAAACUUGUGUCAAUGCAAUUGGAAGUUACUCUUGUAAUUGUUUCAAUGGAUAUACUCUCCAAAGUGGAGUUUGUGAAAAAAAUUCAAGUAAUGUAGAGCUGUGCCAAGCCCUGAAUUUUUCCCAGCUAUGUUUUGUUAACAAUGGUACAGCAAGGUGUGAUUGUCAAGUGGGGUUUGCACUUCAGGGAGAUAACAAAACAUGCACAAAUAUAGAUGAAUGCAGUCUUGCCAAGAAGCCCUGUAGUCAAAUUUGUACAGACACUUAUGGCAGAUUUACUUGUUCAUGUUAUGCUGGUUUUAAACUAGAAGCAGAUAGAACUUCUUGUACAGCUUGUGAGAAGUCCUUCUAUGGUGUCAACUGCAAUCAAUCCUAUCAGUGUAGUGGGCACGGGACAUCUGAUCCUGUCAGAGGCUGUGUAUGUGACAUAGGCUGGGAGGGAGUCAACUGCAACAAUGAUAUUGAUGAGUGUACACUAAGGACAGACAACUGUUUGAUUGGUGAUGUUUGUGUUAAUGCUUUGGGAAGCUAUUCCUGUGUUUGCCCUAUUGGAUAUGUUAGAAAUGGAACUUGUCAAGAUAUAAAUGAAUGUGUUGAUCCUGCCCUAAACAACUGCAACCCACUUAUUGAAGAUUGUGUCAAUAACUUUGGUAGUCAUGUCUGCAACUGUAAGCCUGGAUAUGCAAGAAAUGAUAAAGGGGACUGCAUUAAUAUCAAUGAAUGUGCUAAUGGGGACCAUCAAUGUCAACAAAUCUGUGUUGAUGUGCCUGGAAAAUACAACUGUGAUUGUAACUACGGGUAUAGAUUAAAUGAUGAUAGGCUAACAUGUCUACUAGUGAAAGAUGUAUGCAGUGAUUUUGAGAAACUAAACUGCUCUCAAGGAUGCACAGUAGACUUUCAACAGAACACUUCAUAUUGUUUUUGUGCUGAUGGUUACAAUCUAGUUGGCAAAGACACAUGUGAAGACAUCAAUGAAUGUGAAGUAUCAACAAAGAACUUGUGCAGCUUCAAGUCUGGAUGUGUUAACAGAGUACCAGGAUACAGCUGUUCAUGUCCCCCUGGGUCAAGUUUGGACAAUGAUGGAUGCAACUGCAAUAACUGUAGUAGCACAACUUGGGGAGUCAAUUGUUCAAGAUCUUGUUCUUGUUCUACUGGAGCAUUAAGAUGUGAUAAUGUUAGAGGAUGUAUUUGUAGACCUGGAUAUAUAGGAGUUUUCUGUGAUGUGGAUGUGAACCAGUGUACCAAUGGGGAAUUACAGUGUAAUGAUAGACAGGAUUGUGUGAGUCGUAUAGGUCCUGAUUCAUGUGUUUGCAAAUCUGGUUAAAGACUUAAUGGCACAUUGUGUGAAGAUGUCAAUGAAUGUUUGGAUCCAAGGUUAAACACUUGUCAGCAGACAUGUCAGAACUCUGUUGGUAGCUACAGCUGUGGCUGUUAUAAAGGAUUUGCUUAUAAUGCAUCAACUAACACAUGUGAUG